AUGCGGCUUCUAGCGGCGCCGCCACUGCUGAACCCUUAUAAUCAACAAAACAUGAACCUAAACCCUGCCUCAAACUACCUCUUGAUUGGAAUCUUGCAUUCGAAUUUGCUAACUUAUCAUCAAUCCAAGGUAUCAAAGCUUUCUUCUAGAAACCCUGGGGAUUGUAAGCUUGUAAUUUGUGACAGUGAUGAUAAAUUAACAGAGGAAACCACCGAGAUCCUUCUUUAUAAGCUACAAGCUACCGCCAGAUGUAAAGAAAAUGACGAGGACAUAGACGAUUCGAAGGAUUCUGAAGCUUACCGAGAUAAGACUCAAGUGAAGAAGGUGUUGCAGAGAGAACUUGAGGAUGGAGAUUUUUCAAUGGAUAAUUUUAUGAAUAAUGAUCGUGAACUUAGAAAGAAAGGUGAAGAUAGAGGUUAUCGUGUGGGAGAGAAAUCGAGAAUGAAGGUUGAGGAUGGAAGAGAGAGAGCAGAAAGCGGUUUUUUUGGGAUAAUUUUCUGGGAGGAGAUUGAGGCAAACAUGAAGUUAGUUAUGGGCUUGAUAACUGUUAACUGUGAAGCUCCAACUGAUAUGCCUCUAAUUUGUUAA